AUGUCAGCUGUCACGGACGCACAGCGAUGUGGGUUCCGGCUCGUGCUCACCUGUGUUUACCUUAUCGCGUUACUGGGCAUUUCACCCAGAUCCUCCCCGACGCUCGUGACGGCUGAAGACGUGCUGGCGCGUGACGAUUUUGUGCCACUACCCGAAGGCGCGCAGCAGGUGGAGUUGGACUUGGCUAUGCCAGUCCCUGUACCGGAAUAUCUGCAUUCUGUAGGUCCCUCAGACCCUCUCAAGGAGGCUGUUGUCGAAGUUUCGGUGGACAUCCCGCUUGGUGACGCUGUUUUUACCAAGCACGGAGUACCGGAGGUGCAACUGGGUCAUGAAGCUGCUGCCGCUGCUGCUGAAGAGCAAAAGGUGAUUGAUAUGACCAGGAUGUCUGAAGAGAUCCUCAACGUCGAAGAGGCGCGAAGGGCCGUGCAGGCGGAGCGAGAGGAGGAGGUAGUGAGGCAGACUGAAUGUGCCGGGCCAACGGCGGACAGACACUGCGAGGAAAAGGAGAGAACGGCAACGGAGGCCUGGAGCGCUGCAGAAGUGGACGCAUCACAGAAGGUACUAGAAAAGGUAAUUUCCUACAAAGUUGCAAUGGGGGAGGACUCCUUGCCAUCAGCAGCUCGUUCUCUGACUGAGGGAAACGAUCCAGAGCCUUUGGACAGUGGCGCUUUACAUGCAACCGACCACGUGCAAGAUACAGCAGUACACCAUAGUAGGCAAUCGCCGCUGCCGGUCGAUCCGCCGAUGGAGGCAGAGCCCUCACCUUCACCGGUUGCCACGACAACAGACACGAAUCCGUACACGGAAGAGAAGGUGAAUGCACCCAUGGUUGAGGAGAUCCAAAGAACGGAAGAGGUUCGGAUUGCUGUGGAGGUGCGGCAGGAGGAUAAGGCCCGUUACCCUGAGGAGAUGUACAGAAAGGCCGAGGAGUCAAAGUUGUUGGAGGAAACGAAAUCUGCCCAGCAAGUCCAAAAAGUGGAGCAAGUUCGCAUAAACGAAGAAGCGACUCGACAGGCUGAGGCUGCUCAACACGCCGAGGUCGCGACACAAGCUGAAGCAGCUUGGUCAGCAGAGGAGGUGACUCGUCAGACUGAAGCGGCAAGGCAAGUCGAGGAGGUGGCUAGGAGCGCAGAGGAGGCGCUAGAGCGCGCAGCGGGGGAAGGGGCUCUCCAAGCUGAGGAAGCACCAAAGGCUGCGGAGGAAAGGCGUGCAGAGGAGGGGCGGAAGGCGGAUGAGGAGAGACUGACUGAGGAGGCGAGGCAAGCGGAGGAACAUCUCAAGGCCAAAGAGGCUCGUCUAGCCCAAGAGGCACAACGCGCGGAGGAGACCCGACUAGCUGAGGAGGCUCGCCUCGCAGAGGCAAGGCGACUGGAUGCAGAAGCGCAAAAGUCCGAGGAGGAAGCCCGACGUGCAGAGACGAUGAGAAGGGCGGAGGAGAGGAGGGCAGAGGAGAAGCUCAAGGGUUAUGCGGUAGCUGAGAGUGCCGCGCAACUCAGAAAAGAGACAGCAGGGGCCCAAGAGCGGCUGACUGCAGAGCGGAAGGAGGUGCUUACCAAAAUAGACGAGGAAAGGGCACGGUUUCAGGCAGCCACAGCCGACCUCACGAAACAGCAGGAGCAGGAGAAGUCGUCUGCGGCACAGCACGCCAAGGUCAUCGUCGCUGAACUACAGACGUCCAUGGGAAAGAGGCUCGAGGCCCUCCAGCAAGAUCUCUUAACUCUGAGACGUGCCUCGGUGACACUUCAGAGCAGGGUAAGUGCGCUCUUAGAGAGUAAUAAACCACUUGCACAGGUGCAGGAAGACGUCCAGGUGUUGGAUGAAGAGGUGAGGAAAGCUGCUGAGACGUUUGAUAACAUUCGUGGGGCAGCAGACUCGCUCACAGACACGGCGCGUGCGGCUGUGGGGAGUCAGAGCGACGCCUCUGCUGCUACCUCGGAGAAGAUAACGUUACUAACGGAGCAGAAGAGGGCACUCGAGACUGCCCGUGACGCUGCGAUUCAGGAGCUCCUGGGGCGCUUGCAGACCCUCGACGUGCAGUUGUCAGAGGUGGCGAAGCAGACAGGGACGCAAGAGGCGGCGGUUGCAGAGCCUUCCAAGACUUCUGAGAGCGCGGCCAUUACUCCUCGGUGGCCUGUUGCACCUCCAACAGCGGAAACAUCGCAGGAGGCAGCAUCACCACCAUCCGAGUCCCCUCGGCCAGAAGAAACUGCCAAACCUGCUUCAGCUCUCUUCGCACCCCUAGCAGAGCCACGGACGAACCCGCCCAAGGACACAGAGAAAAGCCGCGGCGGAUACCGCUGCAAGCUGAUCGAAACGCUGGGGAAGUGGGCCGAGGAAAAAGGAUACAACAAAAGCAGUUACGAAGUCCACCCCCACGAGGACGGUGCACCGUACCAGAUGAAGGGCUACAUGCAGAUCGUUGGCACAGUGGUGGUGAUCACUAUCGCCGCAAGCAUACAGACCCUCCGCUGGUGCCGCAGCGGGGGUCGCGAGGAAGAGAAGGAUGGGGAGUCCCCCAAGACUGUGACCUCAGAACUUCAAUCAACAGAGACGUCCUCGGCACUACAACCGAAACCGCUCUCUCAGAGCGGCGGACCGUCGCCACAGGGGCUGCAGACAUCUCCGCCAUCUAUAUCCAUACCUCGUGGGACCAACGUAGCACUCGACCGAGGUGAUAGGGAGUCGUCGAGUCACUGGGAAGGCGGCAGCGCUUCGCUGUCGUCGCAGCGCGGUACACCAUCCGCGGUUUCCGAGCAGGUGCGCUUGUCUCUCGGUGAGGGCCGCACUGUUUCGCGGAUACCCAUGCGACGCAACCACCUUGACGCCUUUCCGCCCGGUACCCCGGUAUCGGGAAUCUCUGGAGCCACUUUGGGACCUCCAUGUGGAGGCUCGCCUCUUGACACUGCGCGCGCGCCGCCACUCUCGAGUGCAGCGUCCCCAUUUACGGUGCCUCGAAGAGAAGCUCUGGGCGUCUCUUCCAGUUCCAAGCAGUGGCCGCGACCACUGGCUGGUGGACCGCUUGGUGGACCACCAUCAUCACCACUGUCCAGUCACCUGCCCGUAGCGGGAACAUCACCGCAGAUGCAACGCCGCCAAAACGAUGGUGAUGAGUUUGACCUGCACAACCCCUUUCUCUCGCGCUGGUUGUAG